AUGGCUUCGUCACAGGGGUCGGCAGAGCUCAGCACGGAUGCCCUUAUCAAGGAGCUCAAGUCGAGGUCCAUUACCGAUGAGCAGCGGAGACGAGCAGCCCAGCAGCUGCGGGAGACUGUGGCGGUUGCACAGCGAGAUCUGAGCGCUGAGCUGUUCCAAACACACUUGAGCACGGUGCAAGGGAAGAUCAGCACACUGGUUCAGGGCGAUACGACGCUCGAAAAACUAGGCGGGAUCUAUGCUCUCGAUGCGUUUGUCGAGUUUGAGGGCGUUGACCCGACAGUCAAGUACACGCGCUUUGCGUCUGCUCUGACGAGGGUGAUGUCUGGCAAGGACAUCAACUGCAUGCAGUCGGCAGCCGUUGUCAUUGGUAAGCUGUGCCGGCCUGGAGGAGGCUCGCUCGUGUCGUCGCUUGUCGACACCGACGUGCAGCUUGCCCUCGAGUUUCUUCAGGACGGCAGCAGCGAGGAAAGGCGGUACAGCGCAGCCCUUUUGUUGCGAGAAAUCGCCCGAAAUGCCCCAACCCUUAUGUAUGGAAAGGUGGUGGACAUCCUCGACUGGAUAUGGGUCGGCCUUCGCGACCAGCGCCAUCUGAUUCGGGUCACCUCCGCUGAGGCAGUUAGCGCCUGCUUCAAGAUCAUCAGCGAGCGUGACCCGGAGCUGAAGAGCAGGAUUAUGGACAAGAUGUACGAGGAAGCCAGCCACGGAUUCAAGCUUAACACGGUCGACUCUAUCCAUGGCUCGUUGCUUGUGCUGAAGGAGCUUCUCGAGCAGGGCGGCAUGUACAUGCAGCACCGCUACACAGAAGCCUGCGAGAUUGUCUCGCGGUACAAGGACCAUCGCGAUGCGACGAUUCGCAAAACGGCCGUCCUACUGAUUCCCGAUCUCGCAAUCUAUGCGCCGACCCAGUUCUCUGAAAAUCACCUGCACCAGUUUAUGAUUUAUCUCUCGGCGAUGCUCAAGCGCGAGAAGGAGCGCAACGAUGCUUUUGUCGCUAUCGGCAGCGUCGCCAAUGCGGUCAAGAGUGCCAUGGCUCCGUAUCUCGAUGGAAUCCUGAUCUACAUCCGCGAGGGACUCAGUGUGAACGCUCGCAAGAAGGCGUCUGUUGAUCCUGUUUUUGACUGUAUCAGCCGGCUGGCCGUCGCUGUCGGGCAGACUCUGACGAAGUACAUGGAGGCACUACUAGAUCCCAUCUUCGCCUGCGACAUGACGCCCAAGUUGACCCAGGCUCUCGUCGAUAUCGCGUUCUACGUACCCGCGGUGCGCAGCACCAUCCAGGAGAGGCUGCUGAACAUGAUCAGCAUUGUGCUCUGCGGGGAGCCCUUCAAACAGCUGGGCGCGCCUCUGUCACAGGGUGGUAGUGUGCUGGCGUCUGCGGCUCCUACAAUCACGACCAAAGAGACACCCAAAGACGCCGCCGCUAUCGAGCUGCACAAGGCUGAGGUGAAGCUGGCUCUAAACACGCUGGGUUGCUUUGACUUCUCCGGACAUGUCUUGAACGAGUUUGUUCGAGAUGUGGCAAUGCGCUACGUUGACGACGACGAUCCAGAGACGCGCGAGGCUGCCGCGCUGACCUGCUGUCAGCUGUACCUGCGCGAUCCCAUCGUCAACCAAGAGAGCUACCACGCCAUGCAGGUAGUGGGCGAUGUGGUGGAGCGACUGCUGACUGUGGCUGUAUCUGACCCGGUGUCGCAUAUCCGUCUUACCAUUCUCAAUGCACUUGACAGCCGGUUUGACCGCCAUCUCGGCAAGGCAGAGAACAUCCGCACGGCUUUCUACGCUCUGAACGACGAGUACUUCCCUAUCAGGGAAGUGGCUGUGCGUCUGAUCGGACGCUUGACGCGCGAGAACCCAGCUUAUAUCGUGCCGUCUCUCCGCAAGACGUUGAUCCAAAUGCUUACCGAGCUCGAGUUCUCAGACGUUUCUCGGAAUAAGGAGGAGAGCGCGAAGCUGCUCAGCUUGCUGGUUCAGAACGCCCAGAUGCUAAUUCAGCCGUAUGUGCACCCAAUGAUGGAAGUGCUGCUGCCCAAGGCAGCCGAUCCGACGGCGUCCGUGGCGGCCACUAUUAUCAAGGCCAUUGGCGAGCUUUGCAACGUCGGUGGAGAAGAGAUGCUGCGCUACAAGGACCGGCUGAUGCCGAUUCUCGUUGAUGCGCUCCAGGACCAGUCAUCGAUUGUGAAGCGCGAGGCGGCUCUGCGCACCAUCGGCCAGCUGGCUUCCAACUCGGGUUAUGUUAUCGACCCUUACUUGGAGUACCCGCAGCUGCUUGACAUGUUGCAGAAUAUCAUUCGCGGUGAACCACAGCAUGCGACUCUGCGACAAGAGACGAUCAAGCUGAUGGGCAUUCUCGGCGCCCUUGAUCCGUACCGACACCAGCAAGUAGAGGAGCGCAGUCCAGAGCUGCAGCUGCGUGUGGAGGCAACGCAGACGACGGACAUCUCGCUGAUGAUGACGGGUCUCACCCCAUCGAACAAGGAGUACUACCCGACCGUCGUUAUCAAUGCCCUUCUCGGCAUUCUCAAGGAUCACUCGCUGGUGCAGUACCACCAGGACGUUAUCAGCGCCAUCAUGUCUAUCUUCCGCACUCUUGGGCUGGAGUGUGUCCAAUUUCUCGAUCGCAUCAUACCCGCCUUUCUCCUCGUCAUACGGAGCUCGUCACCCUCCAAGGCCGAGGCCUAUUUCAGCCAGCUUGCCACACUAGUAAGCAUUGUUCGACAGCACAUCCGCAACUAUUUACCGUCGCUUGUGGAGAUCAUGCAGGAGUACUGGAACAGCUCGCCAUCGUUGCACUCGACAAUCUUGUCGUUGAUCGAGUCCAUCUCUCGGUCGCUCGAAGGCGAGUUCAAGAUUUACCUGGCGGGCUUGCUACCACUGAUGCUCGGGCUCCUGGAAAACGACACGUCGAUGCGGCGUCUCCCAUCGGAAAAAGUGCUGCAUGCUUUCCUUGUGUUUGGAUCAAGCAGCGAGGAGUACAUGCAUCUUAUCAUUCCGGUGAUUGUGCGCACUUUUGAGAAGCCGAACCAGCCGACGUUUCUACGCAAGAUGGCCAUUGAGGCAAUUGGCAAGAUCUCGCGGCAGGUGAACCUCAAUGACUAUGCCUCCAAGAUCAUCCACCCCCUGAAUAGAAUUCUCGCGUGCAACGAGCCGGUCCUGCGGGUGGCUGGUCUGGACACGCUCUGUGCGCUUAUUCACCAGCUGGGCAAAGAUUACCUCCACUUUAUGACCAUGGUGAACAAGACGAUCGCGCAGCAGGGUAUCCAGCAUGCCAACUACGAGCUGCUUGUGACGAAGCUUCAAAAAGGCGACGUGCUACCGCAGGAUCUCAGCUCCGAGAACCGUUUUGCCGACCAGUUGGAUGAGGUGCCAUUUGCCGAGCAGGCAACGAAGAAGCUCGAGAUGAACGCUGUGCAUCUCAGGACGGCAUGGGACACGAAGGGCAAAUCUACCAAGGAAGACUGGCAAGAGUGGCUGCGUGGAUUCAGUACGACGUUGCUGAACGAGUCACCCAACCAUGCUCUCCGCGCGUGUGCUGCCUUGGGCAACCUGUAUCCGCCACUGGCGCGGGAGCUGUUCAACUCGGCUUUCGUGUCUUGUUGGAGCGAGCUGUACGAUCAGUACCAGGAGGAGCUGAUCUACAAUAUUGAGAACGCGAUCAAGUCGGAGCACAUCCCUCCGGACCUGCUCGGGCUGCUUCUGAACCUGGCCGAGUUCAUGGAGCACGACGACAAGGCGCUGCCUAUCGAUAUUCGGGUGCUGGGGCGCGAAGCGGGCCGGUGCCACGCAUACGCAAAGGCGCUGCACUACAAGGAGCUCGAAUUUUUGCAGGACCAGAGCACGUCUGCGGUGGAAGCUCUGAUCUCGAUCAACAACCAGCUACAGCAGUCUGAUGCCGCCAUUGGCAUAUUGCGUAAGGCACAAUUGUACAAGGAUGGCAUACAGCUGCGUGAGACCUGGUUUGAAAAGCUGGAGCGCUGGGAGGAGGCGCUGGCUUUCUACGAGCAGCGCGAGAAGGAGCUCCCAGAGGACCAGCUGGCAUCGAUCGAGCUGGUGAUGGGCAAGAUGCGAUGUCUGCAUGCGCUGGGCGAAUGGGAUGCGCUGGCGACGAUUGCAGGGAACACUUGGGCCAACUCGGCGCAGGAAAUCAAGCGACUGGUGUCGCCGCUGGCGACGGCGGCUGCGUGGAACCUGGGCAAGUGGGACCUCAUGGACGUGUACCUGCAAGCGAUGAAGCGGCAAUCGACGGACCGGGCGUUCUUCGGGGCGAUCCUGGCGCUGCACCGGAACCAAUUCCGCGAAGCAGCCGUCUGCGUGGAGCUGGCACGGCAGGGACUGGACGUGGAGCUCAGCGCCCUCGUGACGGAAUCGUACACGCGGGCAUACCAGGUGAUUGUGCGGGUGCAGAUGCUGGCGGAGCUGGAGGAGCUCAUCACGUACAAGCAGUGCGACCCGAAGAAGCAGGAGUCGUUGCGGCGGACGUGGGAGACGCGGCUGCUGGGCUGCCAACGCAACGUGGAGGUGUGGCAGCGAAUGCUCCGGCUUCGUGGGCUGGUGGUCAGCCCGAUGGAGAACAUGCAGAUGUGGAUCAAGUUCUCGAAUCUCUGCCGCAAGUCGCAGCGGAUGGGCCUGGCGGAGAAGUCGCUCAAGCACCUGAUCGGCAACGAAGACCCGCUCGAGUACACGAUCCCACACUGGGUGGACGCAGAGGUGCUGCGGGAGCGCGAACAGGUGCGCGAGAGGGAGCGGGAGAUGGAGUACGAGCGGCGUCGUGCGGCCCGGGAGAACAACGGAUCGGGCAACGGCAACGGCAUCGACAUGAUGGGCGGACGGGGCCAGCGAGACUUCCGGCACGGACGUCUGCUAAUCGACAGCACGGCCAACGAGGCGGGCAGCGGGGCGGCCGCACACGACGACUACCCGAAGCCGCCACCACCGCCGCCGUCACAGGUGAUCUAUGCGGUCCUCAAGUACGAGUGGGACCGCGGACAGCUGGCAGACAACAAGCACGCAGGGAUCGCGGAGAAGGCGCUCGGUUGUCUGCGGCAGUUCACGGCGGACCUGGGCGUGCGUCUGGAGGCGGCACGGCAGCAGUUCCAGAUGCACGGCAUGACGAUGAACGGCGGAAUGGGACCAAACGGGCUGGGUGUCGGCGGGCUAGACAUGUCAGGCCACCAUGGGUUUGACCGGGUCCGAGAUGCGGCAUCGGCGGCACAGAUGAGCCCGGAGACGCAGCGGCUGCUACAGGAGCAGACGAAGCUGCUGGCCAAGGGAUACCUGCGGACGGGCGACUGGCUGAUCGCGCUCAACAAGGACUCUUGGCGCAACACACACGUGCGGGAGAUUCUGUUUAACUACACGCAGGCGACCAAACACAACCCGAAGUGGUACAAGGCGUGGCACGCGUGGGCACUGGCGAACUUUGAGGUGGUGCAGGCACUGACGGCUGGCGGCAACGCUAACGGGGCCAACGGAGUGGGCGGACAGGCAGCGGGGCCACAGGCGGCGGUGGAUUACGGCAUAGUGUUGGAGCACGUGGUACCGGCAGUGCGCGGGUUCUUCGAGUCGAUCGCGCUGUCCAAGGGCAGCACGCUGCAGGACACGUUGCGGCUGCUGGCGCUCUGGCUGACACACGGCGGCCAUCCGGACGUCAACGUGGCCGUGACGGAGGGCUUCGCGCGGGUCAGCGUGGACACGUGGCUGGAGGUGAUCCCACAGCUGAUUGCACGGAUCAACCAGCCGAACCGACGGGUACAGCAGUCGGUGCACAACCUGCUGGCCGACGUGGGCCGGGCACAUCCACAGGCGCUGGUGUACCCGCUGACCGUGGCGAUGAAGUCGUGGCAGAACACGCGACGGUCACGAUCGGCCGCACAGAUCAUGGACAGCAUGCGGCAGCACAGCGCGAAGCUGGUGGAGCAGGCAGACCUGGUCAGCCACGAGCUGAUCCGGGUGGCGGUGCUGUGGCACGAGCUCUGGCACGAGGGUCUGGAGGAGGCGUCGCGGCUCUACUUUGGCGACCACAACAUUGAGGGCAUGCUGGCAGUGCUGGAACCGCUGCAUGAUCUGCUGGAGCGUGGGCCGGAGACGUUGCGGGAGAUAUCGUUUGCGCAGACGUUUGGGCGUGAUCUGGGCGAGGCGCGCGAGUGGUGUCGGCAGUACGAAGUCAGCCACGAUGCCAGCGACCUCAACCAGGCUUGGGACCUGUACUACCAGGUGUUCCGGCGGAUUACACGGCAGCUGCCGCAGAUGACAUCGCUGGAGCUGACGUACUGCUGUCCGAAGCUGUUGAUGGCACGUGACCUGGAUCUCUCGGUGCCGGGCAAGUAUCGCAGCGGACAGCCGGUGAUCCGGAUCAUGUCGUUUGCGCCGACGUUUGCGGUGAUCAGCUCGAAGCAGCGGCCGCGCGAGAUGAAGAUUGUGGGCAGCGACGGCAACAACCACGCGUUCCUGCUCAAGGGCCACGAGGACAUCCGACAGGACGAGCGGGUGAUGCAGCUGUUUGGGCUGUGCAACACACUGCUCUCGAUGGACUCGGAGAGCUACAAGCGCCACCUCAACAUUGAGCGGUUCCCGGCGAUCCCGCUGUCGCAGAACUCGGGCCUGCUCGGCUGGGUGCCCAACAGCGACACGAUCCACGUGCUGAUCCGCGAAUAUCGCGACUGCCGCAAGAUCCUGCUCAACAUUGAGCACCGCAUCAUGCUGCAGAUGGCGCCCGACUACGACAACCUGACGCUGAUGCAGAAGGUGGAGGUGUUUGGCUACGCGCUGGACAACACGACCGGCCAGGAUCUGUACCGGGUGCUGUGGCUGAAGAGCAAGAAUUCGGAGGCCUGGCUGGACCGCCGGACGAACUACACCCGCUCGCUGGGCGUCAUGUCCAUGGUCGGCUACAUUCUCGGCUUGGGCGACCGGCAUCCGUCGAACCUGAUGCUGGACCGUGUGACCGGCAAGAUUGUGCACAUUGACUUUGGCGACUGCUUCGAGGUGGCCAUGAAGCGGGAAAAGUACCCAGAGCGCGUGCCCUUCCGCCUGACCCGCAUGUUGACGUAUGCCAUGGAAGUGAGCAAUAUUGAGGGCAGCUUCCGGAUCACGUGUGAGCACGUGAUGCGUGUAUUGCGAGACAACAAGGACAGUGUGAUGGCUGUGUUGGAAGCUUUCAUUCACGACCCGCUCUUGACCUGGCGUCUGACCAAUGCACAAUCGCCGGCCGGCCCCAACUUCCAAUCGGAACGCGAGCUGGCCAUCCUGGGACCGGCUGCGGGUGCGCGGACGAGACGGGCGUCGGUCCUCGACGGACACGUGGCGCCGUCGGAGCUUCUGGUAGGCGGAUCUGCCGUGGACGAUGACGACGACGGCAGUGCAGUAGCCGGACCCGAUGCCGGUGGCGGACGUGCUCGCACGCGGUCCAACAGCUCGCUGGUGGCGGCGCCGACAGCCGCAGCAGCACCAGUCAAUGGAACGAACGGAGCCAACGGAGCUAACGGAGCCAACGGAGCCAACGGAGCCAAUGGGACCAACGGUUCCCAGCAGCUGCUGCCACAACAGCUGCCAUACGCGGCUGAGACGCAGAAUGCGCGGGCUGUCGAGGUGCUUGGGCGCGUGCAGCAGAAGCUGACGGGACGCGACUUCAAGCCGGGCGAGGAGCUGGACGUCACGGCGCAGGUAAACAAGCUGAUCAUCGAGGCGACCAAGCUGGAGAACCUGUGCCAACACUACAUUGCAUACGCUGGACGAGCCGUCACGAAUCUGAAGGGUGGAAGAGUACGAGACAGAGAAGACGACAAGAGAGCUUCUGCACGACAGCCGGCAUCGAUGGCCAGCAUCCACUCGGUCCAGAACUUCUCUCUGCCCAGCCGAGCGGGCAGUCGCCGGACGGUGACGCCGCUGGGCCGAUCAGGCGUGCCCUCGCUCGGUCCUGCCUUGAGCACAGCCCAGCUCAACCGCCGACGGCCUCGGCCUAUGUCGACGUCUUCAUCGGCGCCGGCACUGACGACGGCAGUAGGGGAUGGGGACGGCAGCAGUGCGGCGUGUCAGCCGGAAUGGAUCCAGGAAGAGGGGUCAGACAGAGGACCGGAAAGGGAGACACGACAGUCGCCAGAUGCUGGCAUUGUUAUCGGUCACGCUACCACCAGUCUCCGUCUUGCCGCCUCUGGCGCGCCGCCAUCGGCUCGCCAUGGUGCUGCUCGUGGCCGUCCUGCUGGCUGGCUUGCUGUCGUGCGCGGCUGCCGUGACGCGGUGCUGCUCGUGGCCGUCCUGCUGGCUGGCUUGCUGUCGUGCGCGGCUGCCGUGACGCUGGUGGCGGCGAGCGUGGCUGUGCGGGCGACGACGACGACGACGAGCGCCCUGUCGUGGGAGGCACACGGGAUCGCAUGGCUGGCAGCCAGCCUGGCAAUCAGCGCAGCGGCCGGAAUUGUGCUGGCAGUGGUGGCGUGGCGACAGAGGCAGCAGGCCGGGAGAGAUGACGAGAGCGAAACAGGAGAAGAAGCGGACGCGACAGACCAGAGCAGAGAAUGGAUGGAGAUGGGAGCGCUCACGAGCGAGGACCAGCUCGAUCACAUCGUCGACUGUGAGGAGGACCGCAACUGGGCCCGUUUCGUCGAGGAUCCCCUACGGUUGCGACGCUAUGUCGAGGCCUUGGAGGCACGGCUGGCCUUGACCCAAGAGACGCCGGAAAAAGAGGACACCAAGGCUGCUGGAGAGGUAGAAGAGGCGGAAAUCGCGGCCACAACCGUCUCAGCCGUCACCUGCUCGAAAGACCGGAUUCUGCUCGGCCACACCAUCACCAGCAGCUGCAACAGCAGCAGCAGCAACGCCGUCGUCGGCGGACUGGCCAUCGGUGGGCCAGGUGCAUCGUCCAACAGUCUCCUCCUGCCGCUGGCACCACCUUGGCCGCCGUCGUCGCCGCCGCCUAGACUUUGCUAG